AUGGCUAACAGGACGACUGUAUCACUCCUUCUCGGAUUCCUCCUCCUUUUGCUGCUUCACCCUUCACUACAAGGAGGUGUGUAUGUACCCACUGGAGCAUUAGGUGGAGUUGCUGGACCAGGAGGUGGUGUUUACCCAGGAACUGGAGGAAUCCCAGGAUACAAACCAGCAAAAACUGGGGGAGGAUACGGUAUCGGGGGAGUAGGACUGGGAGUUGGUGGAGUUGGACCUGGAGGUUUAGGGGGUGGUGGACUUGGACUGGGGGCAGGUGGAAAGCCUCCUAAACCAGGUUAUGGAAACUUGGGUGCUGGAGGACUUGGACCAGGAGGUCUGGGUGCUGGAGGUCUUGGAGGAGGAUACGGGCCAGGAGGUUACGGGGGCUAUGGAGUAUAUGGCGGUGUUGGAGGCUUCUUCCCCGGUGUGAGACCUGGAGGACUGAAACAAGCUAAAGCAGGUGGUGCUGGAAAAGGUCCUAAGCUGCCUAAGGGAGGACCAGGUGCAGGGACCACUGUGCUUGGAGGUGGAGGCCCUGGUGGAGUUGCACCCGUCAUUCCUCAAACUGGUGCAGUCCCAGGUGUUGGUCCUGGGGGUAAAGCUUCUAAAGUACCAGGAGUGGGAGUGCCUGGACCAUAUCAGGGUGGAAUAGCACCCUCACAAGGAUUUGGUGGAAGAGGAGUUCUUCCUGGUGUACCAACAGGAACUGGACUUAAGCCCAAGUCAGCACGAUAUGGGCCAGCACAACCUGGAGUAUUUCAUGGAUAUCCACUUAAAACCCCCAAAACUCCAGGUGGUUUACCUUACACUGGAAGCAAAGUUCCUUAUGGAUAUGGGGGCUUUGGAACAGGUGUAGGACUUCCUGGUGGCAAAGGAGGCCCAGGCUCAAAGCCAGGAUACCCCACAGGAACUGGUGUGGGAACACAACCCAUUUCACCUGCACAAGCCAAAGCUCUUAAAUAUGGUGUUCGACCUGGUGGUGUAGCUGGGGUAGGUGGUGUUCCAGGAGGUGCUGGACUUUUCCCUGGAGCUGGAGGUGUAGGAGCACUGACACCAGCUCAGGCCAAAGCUGCUAAAUAUGGUGGGUUAGGUGGUGUAGCAGGGACAGGUGGUGUUCCAGGAGGUGCUGGACUUUUCCCUGGAGCUGGAGGUGUAGGAGGCCUUACCCCAGCUCAAGCCAAGGCUGCUAAAUAUGGUGCUGGAGGUGGUCCAGUGGGGACAGGUGGCGUAGCAGGGGUUGUUCGUCCAGGAGUUGGGGUAUACCCAGGUGUACCAGGGCUUGAUGCGUAUGCAGCAGCAAAAGCAGCUAAAUAUGGAGCUAGAGGUACAGGUGCUGUGCCAGGUGCUCCGGUAGUGGGUGGCACAGGAGGGAUCCCUGGGACAGCACCAGGGGCUGGAGGAUAUCCAGGGGGAGUUAAACCUCCCAAAUAUGGUGUCCCAGGAGGGGUUGGAGUUGGUGGAGUUUUACCAGGAGGAGGAGUGGUUCCUGGGGUUGGAACUGGAGUUGGGGGACUCCCUAGUGGUGCUAAAGCUUUGAAGCAGGGUCUCCCUGGUGGUGGUUAUACAGUUCCAGGAGGAGUUCCUGGUUUAGUUCCUGGUGGUUAUGGAACUGGGGUGGGACCUGGGGCUAAGUAUGGUGUACCACCUGGAGCUGGCGGGGUGCCAGGGUUUGUGCCUGGAGUGGUGCCUGGGGGCGUACCAGGGUUAGUGCCAGGGGGUGUGCCUGGAGGAUAUGCUGCUGCUAAAGCCCAGAAAUAUGGUCUGGGUGGUGCUGGAAUAAGACCAGGAGUUGUGCCUGGAUCAGUACCAGUGUCUCCUUAUGGGGGAUAUCCAGCUGGGGUUAAACCUCCUAAAUAUGGAGUUCCUGGUGGUGUUCCAGGUGGUGUACCUGGUGGUGUUCCUGGUGGAGUUCCUGGUGGGCUGCCAGGCGGUGUACCAGGUGGAGUUCCUAGUUAUGUGCCUGGUGCAAAACCUCCUAAAUAUGGUGUACCAGGAGGUGUGGGAGUUGUUCCUGGGUUAGUACCAGGGGCCGCAGGAGGACUUCCGGGAGGAGCUAAACCUCCCAAAUAUGGAGUUGGUACAGGAGCCGUGCCAAGUGGUGGAACAGUGAGUGGCGUAGGUGUACCAGGAGUUGGAACAGGAGUAGCACCAGGAGUCGGUGUUGGAGGAUAUCCAGGUGGAGUGAAACCUCCUAAAUAUGGUGCUGGCAUAGCUGGAACAGGUGUUGGAGUACCAGGGGCUACACCUGGUGUUGGUGUUGGUGUGGGUGGGGUGCCUGGUGGUACUGGGGUGCCCUUAGCUCCAAGUGGGAAACCAGCAAAAGAACCAACUUUGUCGCCCGGUGGAACACCUGCACCAGGACCAACGCCUAUUGUUGCAACUGGCAAGGCCCCUGAGCCCAGUGCGACAGGAAUAGUUCCAGGAGCCCUGAAACCUGGUGUUGGUGCUGGAGUGAUUCAGCCUAGUGCAGGAGCAGGACUAGUGCCGCCCACUGGUGGUCUUGUUCCUGGUGCUAAACCACCUAAACCAGCUCCUGGUACUGUUGGUGGGUACCCACAUGCAGGUUUUGGGGCUCAAGUUCCAGGUUACGGUGCUACUGGAACAGGGCCAGGAGCAGGGGUUUUACCAGGAGCCAAGCCUCUUAAGCCCCCAGUUGCUGGAGGAGUUGGUACUGGUGGAGUGGGUGGUACAGGACUUGGAACUGGUGUGAGGUAUCCAACUGGUGUUGGACUUGGAGCUGGGAAACCACCGAAACCAGGCUAUGGCUCUCUUGCCACAGGAGCUCAGCAGCCAGGAGGUGUGAUUCCAGGCUAUGGAGGCUACCCACAAGCUUACCCAGACUUGGGAACAAUUCUGUCACAACAACAAGCCAAAGCGGCCAAAUAUGGUGCUCUCCAGGGAUUCCUGGGUGGUGGCUAUAGAGGUGCAGCUGGAUGCCAGGGCAAAUACUGUGGGAGGAGAAGGAAGUGAAAGAUCUCUUGAGAUGUGAAGUGACCUCAAGAAACAAUGGUGCUACUGCAUGAUCUAGAAUGUACAUUUGAUAUGCAAAAAAAAAAAAAAAUUAGUUCCCAUUAUGUACAAAAGUUAGAUGUUAUGUUGAUCUCACAGACAAUUUUCAGUUACCAAAGUACACACCCAGAACUCUGGAAAUGAGACAAUGUCUAGUGUUUUUGUGUCAUAGGCAAUAGCCUCAGUUGUUCCAUAGAUGCAUUUAAUCAUAUUAUGGUUUUGUGUUGUAACUAUGGCAACGCUGUCAGCCAGUAAGGUGUUUUAAGCACCAGGUAGAAUUACUAUAUGUGCAGCUGUAUGACAGAGUUCCAAGCCAUCCUUUCUCUGCAUUCCAGACAUGUCAGAGUUCAUGUCUGACAUUCAUGCACAAAAGACCUAGCACUUCUCAAGAAUUUUUUUUUUUGGACAAGUUUUACGUAAUGAUACUUAAAAUCUAGACUUAUACUAUGUACC